UGAGCACUGGUAACAAUGUAGAUAAUUCUAGCAGACCUGAGAACUAAAGAUGUUAUUUCGGUAUUUCUUCCUGAUUUCAGGGUCUGGAAUCCAGCACUGAUGGCAGAGAUGGAAAAUGUGUCGUAUGUACCUUUGAAGCAGCCCAUCGUGUUCACAGUAGAAGGUUUCAUCAUAACCAGGCAGCAGGGGUACCCCCUGUUUGUAGCCUCGCUUAUCGUAUACGCUGUGAUGCUGCUGGGAAACAUUACCGUGGUUACGGUGAUAGCCACGGAUGCCAAACUCCACAAGCCCAUGUACAUGAUGAUGUGCAACCUGGCAGUGUGCGAUCUGCUCGGGGGCACGACAGUCAUGGCCCAGCUGAUGCCACAGUUCCUGACAGGAAACAAGACCAUCGGUUACGUGGCGGCAAUAGUCCAGGCCUUCUGUGUUCACACGUAUGGCGCGGCCGUUUCCAGUAUUCUAUCUGCCAUGGCGUAUGACCGCUACGUUGCCAUCUGCCAGCCUUUGCACUACCACACCAUCAUGACCACUACGAGGCUGGUUUCACUAUGUUUUGUCGCCUGGCUCAUUCCAAUUUGCCAGGUCAUGAUCCUCCUCAUUAUGAACGUGGGAACACCGCUGUGUGGGACGUUAAUCAUGCAUGUCUAUUGCAGCAAUCGCGCUAUUCUCAGGCUGGCAUGCAUCCCCACUCCUAUCAACGACACAUAUGGUUUGUGUUCGGCUUAUUCCCUAAGUACGAGCUGCUUCUUAGUCAUUGCCUUUUCCUAUGUGAAUAUCCUCAAAGCGUGUGUCAUCAAACAGGAGAAGAACAGUUGGAGCAAGGCCACACAGACAUGCGCCUCCCAUCUCACCCUUUAUAUCCUCUUUGAGAUCUCUACGUUCACCAUUGUCAUUACUUACAGUCUGAAAGAUAUCAGCCUCAACGCCAGGAAGUUCAGCACCAUUCUUAGUUUCAUCUUGCCCCCCACAGUCAACCCAAUCAUCUAUGGCAUCGCCAUGAAAGAUAUCCGCAAAAACAUUGUGAAGCUUUUCAAAUCCAAUGUCUCCUCGAAAUAGGGAAACCAGCAUGUACUACUCAGUAAUCCAAAUAAUAUUUUUUAAAUAUUUAAAAUGUUUAGGUUGAAGAAAGUUGU